UCAGUCUUUCUAUUUUCAGUCCUCUUCUUGAUCUGCGAAAAAAAUACUCUCUCUGUGUAAAAAAAAACCCCUAAACUUCGAAAGAUGAGUCGAGGAAGUGGAGCUGGUUAUGAUCGUCACAUCACUAUUUUCUCACCUGAAGGUCGGCUUUAUCAAGUCGAGUACGCUUUUAAGGCGGUGAAAGCAGCGGGGAUUACCUCGAUUGGAGUCCGAGGGAAGGAUUCAGUAUGUGUAGUCACACAAAAGAAGGUUCCGGACAAACUUUUGGACCAAUCAAGUGUUACUCAUCUUUUCCCUAUCACUAAGUAUCUUGGUUUAUUGGCAACUGGCAUGACAGCCGAUGCAAGGUCCUUGGUCCAACAAGCUAGGAACCAAGCAGCUGAAUUUCGUUUCAAAUGGGGAUACGAAAUGCCUGUGGACGUACUAGCCAAAUGGCUUGCUGACAAAUCACAGGUCUAUACCCAACAUGCCUAUAUGAGGCCCCUUGGAGUAGCUGCUAUGGUUCUGGGCAUUGAUGAAGAAAACGGCCCUCAACUUUACAAGUGUGAUCCAGCUGGUCAUUUUUUCGGUCACAAGGCUACAAGUGCUGGCUUAAAGGAACAAGAGGCAAUUAACUUUCUGGAGAAGAAAAUGAAGAACGAUCCCCAAUUUACCUACGAAGAGACAGUACAGACUGCGAUAUCUGCUCUUCAAUCAGUUCUACAAGAGGAUUUCAAGGCUACUGAAAUUGAGGUUGGAGUUGUGAGAAAAGAACAUACAGAAUUCCGAGUACUGACAACCGAGGAGAUUGACGAACACUUGACUGCUAUCAGUGAGAGGGACUAAGCCAUCAUUGGAAUUGUUGCUGAAUGAAUGAAAGCUCACUAUCUGAAUGCUUUGCCCAAGGAUGCCAUGAGUUUUUGUUAAAAAUAGAUAUUGAACCUUCCCUUAAAACGCUUACAGGUCUCCUCAAAUUUCAUCAGGGCUCUGUUUGUUUAAGUAGUGACCAGAUAUGUGUUAUCUUCUCAGUGUAACUUUCACUGUAAUGCACUGCAGAACUAUUAAGGGCAUUGUGAACGAGGUUAUUUUUCAUUCAUAUGUGCAAGGGUCUUAACCCUUUUCUAUGGGUAUCUGGUUGCUUCAUCUUAGUGGUCA